CCUCCGUCUCUGCACGUAUGCGUUUCGACGACAGUCUGGAAGCAGUCACCUCCCCCCUUUUCCUCCUCAUCUCUGCUUGACAGGAUUCUUACCAGCAAGGUCUCCCAGCUGCAUUGAAGAUAAUGGCAGUCCCACCAACUUAUAUUGAUCUUGGCAAGUCAGCCAGAGAUGUAUUCACUAAGGGAUAUGGUUUUGGCCUGAUCAAGCUUGAUUUGAAGACAAAGUCAGAAAAUGGACUGGAAUUCACAAGCUCAGGGUCUGCAAACACAGAGACCAGCAAAGUGGCGGGCAGCCUUGAAACCAAGUACAAGUGGGCGGAGCACGGCCUGUCGUUCACAGAGAAGUGGAACACAGACAACACCUUGGGCACAGAGAUAACCAUCGAAGACCAGCUUGCCAAAGGACUGAAGCUGACCUUCGACUCUUCGUUUUCACCAAACACUGGGAAAAAGAGUGGUAAGAUUAAGACCUGUUACAAAAGGGAGCAUAUCAACGUCUGCUGUGACGUGGACUUUGAUAUCGCCGGGCCCUCUGUACGCGGAGCAGCGGUCUUCGGCUACGAGGGCUGGCUCGCUGGCUACCAGAUGACCUUUGAGGCAGGGAAAUCCAGGGUCACACAGAGCAACUUCGCAGUCGGCUACAAGACAGACGAGUUCCAGCUUCACACAAAUGUGAAUGAUGGGACAGAGUUUGGAGGCUCCAUUUAUCAGAAGGUGAAUGACAAUCUGGAAACGGCUGUCAAUCUGGCGUGGACAGCUGGGAACAGCAACACACGCUUCGGAAUUGCAGCUAAAUAUCAGAUCGAUGCUGAUGCAUCGUUCUCGGCCAAAGUGAACAACUCCAGUCUAAUUGGAUUAGGAUACACUCAAACCCUAAAGCCAGGCAUUAGACUGACACUCUCGGCUCUGCUUGAUGGUAAAAAUGUCAAUGCUGGCGGCCAUAAGCUGGGUCUAGGACUGGAGUUUGAAGCAUAGGCAACCGCUGCACACAAUCAUUACCUUCCAAAUAUUUUAAAGAAUAGCUACCUUCACAACUUGGUGUUUUACCUUGUGUGUGUACCAUGUGGAAUAUAAGUAUUAUUGUACUGUCAAUCCUGUUACUGAUGAUCUUCAAUUGUAAAAGGACAACUGAACCUUAACAAUACAGGAACGUUUCUUCACCCUUGUAAGCUUUGCUAGAAACACAGUUCUGAGGAAUCAGAUUUUUUCAAAUGCAUCAUGUUUUUUUUUUGUUUGUUUUGUUGUAAUCAUUUUGUGAACACUAUUUUAUUUUUCAUAUGCUAUUGCUAAGAACUGGGGUUAAAAAAACAAAAAACAAAACAGCAUAUUUUUGGCUUCAACUUGAAAGAAUACAUAUUUUGGCAAACAAAACAAAGAAACUGCUGCGUUCUAGCCAGUAGGUGGUGCUGCUGUGUAUAAAUGUCAUGUUACACUCUUGUGGUCUGUUGGAACAGCAUGAGGACUUGAUGGCUGCCGCUUAAUGCUACAUUUGAAGUUUAUUUCAAACUGUCUGUUGUUGGUAGGUUUAGUUGUCCUUUAUGCAACUGUAGUUUUAAAAGGCACUAAAUUGUCUGAUGUACAUUUCAUGCAUAUGUUUCACUAGUAAUAGUGUGUGCAAUAUUCUGGUGCAAGUCCUUUUUUUUGGUACUCAGAGGUCUAUCAUGGUAUAGGCAUGCUUGUCCUAUUCCCAAGGAUACAAGGAAAACAUGCUGUUGAGAGAGCCAUAAGACAGGAAGGAUCAUUGUAACUAGGACCCUAUAACAAUCAAUGUUCAAAUGUGUUUUUGUUUUGUUUUUAAAAGAUUGGUGCAUUUCAAUAGAAAAUAUGGCAAUCUUCCAUUUUUGGUGUAUAAUAGGUACACAACACGCUCUACUUGACAGUACUGCAAAACCCUAAAAAUAAAUAACUUUAUCUUA